AUGGUUGGUCCCUAUUCCAUCCAAAUUUUCAGAAAAAAAUCAGAAAUUUCAGAUUUACACAAAAAUUAUACAAAAUAGUGGUAAAGCGAAGAAAAUCGACUUAACUGGCAAAGAAUCGAUUCGAGCGAAAGAAAUUGAGCUAAAUAUAAAAUUCGGAUAUGAUCGACAUUUGUUGGAACAGGAAACGACAACCGAAACAACUUCGAAAGCUGAACAUUUAGCCGAAGAAGAUUUCGAAAAUGAUUAUUUAGAAGUGCAAAGUCCAAGCGGCGAUAAAGCGCCGAAUGCUGAAAUAAUUGAGGAUGAGGAGUUAGAUGGGAUAGAUCAAACUGAAAAUAAGCUAGUGAAUAUCAGCGACAAAUCUCAAUUAUUUUUCAUUUUAUGUGGCUCCGCUGAUAUCGUCGAUUUGAUAUCAUUCACAAUUUUCUAUCAAAUGAACGGCGGAAUUUAUUCACUAAUUCCCUAUCUCCUAACCCUAAUAUUUAUCACAUUUCCUACAAGUAUUUAUGAAGUUGCGCUGGCUCAAUUCUCCUCUCUCCCUUUAUUCUCAAUUUUCCGGCAAAUGGCACCGAUUCUUGGCGGAGUGCCAUUUAUGAUUAUGUACUUUCGAUUGAUUUAUCUAGCGCAUGUUGCACUUCGCCCCAAACUUUAUUCAUUUUCAUACAGCUUGCUGCACACUGUUUUGAUGGGUGACAAAGCGUGGAUGGAUUGUACACAGUAUGCAAGUGAUGCUCGUGAGUAUUGUAAAAUGCCGUGAACACGCGUGAAAACCAAAAACAUCGUGAAAAAAGUUGAAAAAAAAACAAAAUUCGAAAAAAAUGAAGCGCGCGGACUAGGAAACAUGUGAAUUCCUAGGCCACGUCCUCAAUUUUUAUUUUUUUUUUGAAAAAAAAACUCAAAAUUGCAGAUUGUUUCAACCCGGCGCUAAAUUGUCGAAUAAAUGAACAUCAAGUUUAUGGAAAAUGUCAGCCAAAUGUUGGCCAAUCGGUUUAUCUCAAAAAAACAUCAGCAAUCGCUUCAAAAUAUAUCCAAAUCGAGAAUGAGCAAUACAAUCUGUUUUCCGGAACACAAUUCGCAAGCUUGGCGAUGGAUUUGGACGCGUCGACAUUGCUUAUGGGAUCGUUUUUGUAUUUUUCAGUUAUUGGAUUGGUGUUUUAUUUGGGUUUCCGGACGAUCUCAAGACUCUCGUUUUUCCUCAUGAUUUCUCCGAUAAUUGGAAUUCUUCCCGUUGUUUUUUCGUUGAACUUUGAUAACGAGAUUUAUGAAAUGAUUGAAAAACAAAACGAUAUUUCCAAAUUAAUGAAUUGGCAAACAUAUUUCUGGGCAUUCUCCGAAGCUCUCAAAACAUCCCAAAUCUUCCAAGGAACCCUAUCAACUUUAGCAUGUAAACGCGAUUUUCAUCACAAUUUCUUCAAAGAUAUGGUGAUCAACACAUUGUUUGGUGCAGCUUGGCGGAUAUUUUAUGUGUUGACAAUGUUGCCGGUUUACUAUAAGUGUCAAGGCUUCAUCUAUCCAGCACAUCCAUUUCCAAUCGAUAAGUUUACGGAGAGAAAUAAAAUGAUUGAUUUGUUGUUGACCGGCUUGCCGUAUUUGGUGGUGAAGAAUUGGAAUUGGAUUGGUAUUGCUAUGCAUUUUGCGACUAUUAAUAUGGCGAUUUUCGGGAAAACUGUGAGUUUUCCGGAAAAUUUCUUUGAAAAAUCAUUGAAUUUCAGAUCGUUACUCUGGAAAUCAUGAAAACAUCUGUCUACAAAUUAUUUCCAAAGCUCCAUUAUUCCAAUCGACUUAUAAUUCAAGUUAUUAUUGUCAUAUUUUUUAUCUCGAGCUUUAUGACCUAUCAAUGGUAUAAUGUUGAGGUAGAUCUAUUUUUUUUUGUUGAAAAAAAUCUAUUUUUAAAAAUUUCCAGCUUGUUGGGAGCAACCAUAGUUCUUAUUCAAUUUUCAACUAUAAAUUUACGUUUGGCGUCACAUCUUUUGUUCAUAUCACCACGGUUUAUAUGAUGAUUGGAGUGCGAUUUAUUUAUGGUGAACAAAGGUUGUAUGUUAAUUGUUUGGUGGGUUUUUUCUUCAGCUUUUCCGAAACCCAACCAGAAAGAAUCUGAAAAUUUUCAGACAAUGCUUCGUAAGCAUGAUCGAACAUAUCAAAUAUUCUCAUAUCUUCGCAAUUAUUUCCUUCUGACCUGGCGACUUGCUCCAUUUUUUAUGGUUAUUAAUUUUUUCGUGAUUGCAACUCGAAUUCUAACAAUUUAUGAAUUCCUAAACUUCCAAUACACUUUUGCUGUUGGAUUUCCGAUUCUUUAUUCGCUCUGGAAAUUGACACGUGGCUACGUGAAAUUCGAUAAUUUACAACUUUUAACAAGUUGUCAUUUAUGGCGGCCAAUGCAUUGGAUAAAUUAUAGAGAAUCGAGAGAGGCUGAGAGAAAAUAUGGGUUUAAUAAUGAAUAA